UGCUGCUGGUGCUGGGGCCCGAGCGGGGACGCGCCGGAGCGGGGCCGCCGGGACUGAGCGAGCGACAGACGCGCCACCCGCCGAAGCCGCAGCCGCUUAGGGCCCGCACGGACCCUCUACCUGCGUGAGUGCAUCCAGAGUCGCGGGGAACCUGUGGCUUAGAGGUGUAGAAUGAGCCAAGGAGAUUCAAACCCAGCAGCUAUUCCACAUGCAGCCGAAGAUAUUCAAGGAGAUGACAGAUGGAUGUCUCAGCACAACAGAUUUGUCCUGGACUGUAAAGACAAAGAGCCUGAUGUCCUGUUUGUGGGAGACUCCAUGGUACAGUUAAUGCAGCAGUAUGAGAUAUGGCGAGAGCUUUUUUCCCCCCUUCAUGCACUGAAUUUUGGAAUUGGAGGAGAUACAACAAGACAUGUUUUGUGGAGAUUAAAGAAUGGAGAACUGGAAAAUAUUAAACCUAAGGUCAUUGUUGUCUGGGUAGGAACAAACAACCAUGAAAAUACAGCAGAAGAGGUAGCAGGUGGGAUCGAGGCCAUCGUACAACUUAUCAACACGAGGCAGCCACAGGCCAAAAUCAUCGUAUUGGGUUUGUUACCUCGAGGUGAGAAGCCCAACCCUUUGAGGCAAAAGAAUGCCAAGGUGAACCAGCUUCUCAAGGUUUCCCUGCCGAAGCUUGCCAAUGUUCAGCUCCUGGAUACCGAUGGGGGCUUUGUGCACUCGGACGGUGCCAUCUCCUGCCACGACAUGUUUGAUUUUCUGCAUCUCACGGGAGGGGGCUAUGCAAAGAUAUGCAAACCCCUCCAUGAACUGAUCAUGCAGUUGUUGGAGGAAACACCUGAGGAGAAACAAACCACCAUUGCCUGACUGGCUCCUAUCAGUGUUAAUAGCAUCACAGCUUCCUCAGAUCAGUUAUAUCACUGGCACUCCAGAAUCCUUCUCUUUCUUAAAGCACUUUGCAUUGUAGAAUGUUCCUGGAUGUUCAUAUCUAGUGUUUGAAGGGGAGGAGGGAUUUAAACUGGUCCUGUACAUAGAAGGUUUGUUUGACACAGGAAAAAAUUAGCCAAGGAAGAUUGUUGUUUAAAUUCAUUUGAAACCAGAAGGGGACUUUUUAGUUGUAUGUGUGACCCAUUCAUUGAAUUAUAUCACUGUUAUCCUAUGACAACAUCAGCCUAAGUACUGAACAAUAUGAAGAUAUUUUUUGGGUUUUUUUUGUUUUUUUUAACCUUUCCUUCUAUGGAUUAUGUCAUGUAUAGUAAUUAUCAGAAUCACACAUACUUGGCUUUAAAACAGAUGUUUUUUCCACAUUUUAAGGUUCGUAUUUUAGCCUUUUGUUUUCAUUUUGUUUUACUUGUAUGUAUUCUCAGUGUUUUCUUAACAUAUAGCAUCCAAGUGAACAUCAUUCAUACAUGGGAGAUGCUAUAGUUUCUAGUGAAUUUGUUCUGCUCUUUUAAUCUUUCUCAUGCUUAGCAGUAAAAACAGGUUUUUCCCCAUUUGGGGUCUCUAUGGAGGGUUUUGUUUUUAUGCUGCUUAAUAUCAUGUCUACAGUAGACCCAUGCAUGCAGCCUUCCCUUCCCAUCCUCCCUUGUCCCCUCUUUUUUUUUGGUCAUUGUUGACAUUACAAACUUAACACAUUUUUGACCUAGGGGCUCUGUUGCUGGAAGUAUAAGUCCCCAGCCAGUUACUCUCAUGAUGAUAUUACUGAUAUAUAACUCAUUCCUGUGUGGUGUUCUGUACUAUAGAGUCUGUGUAGUGCUAUCCAUAAUCCGAGUUCUGGUUGGUUCUGUUUGUUUGUUUUUCCCUUAAAACCUGUUACUGUUUCCUUUUUUGGAAAAAAAAAAAAAUCAGAACUCUGUUUCUCAUUCCAGUAAGGCUAGCCUUAUUUCAAGUUUUAUGUAUUUUUUUUUUUAUUGGUUUUAGUUUUUAAAGUCCAGAAAAAGUUGGCCUUUUCCCAUCAUUUUAGACACAAACAACUAGGUUUGUCCAACAUAGGGUUUCUCAUUGAUGUACCGCCACCAUCCAAAAAUUACUUUAGGAGAGCUCUUUAUAAUCUUAGUGGUUUGCUUGAGCUACAAGAACUGCCAUUAAAAAAAUAAUGGGACAGUAUAUGGCUUAUUGUCCAGUAUACCUAUGGAAUAUGUACAAACUGGAUCUACAACAAAUAUUUUAAACUGGAUCGGUGGGUGCUGAAGUAGCCCAUCAAAAUGUGCUCUGCAGUGAUUCCCCUUCCUGCUCAAGUUCAAUAACUAAGGCAUAUGUUUUUUGUUCUGCCUGCAAGACAUAUGGCAGUGCUUUUGUGUGUUUGGGGUGAAGGGUUGAUUUGUGCAAAGACCCAUGUCUGAUUGACAGAUAGAACUUGGGCUCAUUUUUUUCUUGUAGAAGCGUCUUGGGAUUUUGUUUUUUCUUUUUUUAAAAAAUACAUACUUUUCUGAAUGUAUCAUGUCUUCAUUAACAACAGAAAAUACACAUGGUGUUUACUAAACUUGUUUACUAUGUUCAAAUUUCCUUUUUAUUUUUAGAAGCCCAGGUUCUUAAGUUUUUCAAGACAUUUUUUUCCUUAACUGAGGUGUAGUUCGAGGGAGGAGAAUUAAUUAAGCCAGAAUUUUGUAUUUGAAAAGAUACUUCUCUCCAGAUGUUUUUCUGGUUGUCAGAAGAUUGAAGUAUGGUCCAAAUAAACCCAUCAGGUUACUCCUGCAGCAUGCGUUUUCCUCGUCUCUCCCUUUGUCAGCUGACCUUCGGCUCGUUUUGCAUAUAUGUUUAAACCUCAGAUAUUACUACCGUUUUUAUCUGCUAGAGCUAUUCAAGCAGUAGUAUUUGAACCACUAGACUUUUAAAUAAAAUUCUGCCCCAUUGCUAAUGUGUAAACAUUGAGUUCACUUUAAUUUCUUACCAGAUAUCUCUGCACUGCUUUAAGCACAAAGUGUUUUUCGUUGACCAUCCCAGUUUGCUACAGUGACAAAACUUAAGGCUUAGUCUUUGGAGUUCACCUCUUUGUACUUACUUUUUGUUUUGUUAUUUAAAAAAAGAAAUUAAUGCACUGCCCAAGUGAAAUGUCCUAGUUGUCAUUGUGAUUAAGGGGCCAGCUUUCCAGAUGGCUAGCAAAGGUAUUAUUCUGUUUUCUCCCGGCAAUUUUCAAUUCAUUUGCCCACCUAUUCUCGCUACCCUAAAUGGUAACCAGUGAUGGAAAUGGUAAAGAUUUCCAUAGUCACAUCUUGAAAACCACAGGUUGAAGUUUACUGCUCAGAGUUAUCUAGGGCAGGUUGUUUUGUUGUCCACACACCUGGACUGUCAUAGGCAGUGCUUUAUCUGCCAUGGUUGGAUUGUGAACAUCUAUCGAAACCUGAAUCUUUUCUAACAAAAGAUUCCUAACAAAACAAAUAUUGAGUGGCUCAUGCUCUGCUCUUGAGAAUUCUGUUUCUCAUUGUUAAAAGAAAUCCCAACUUUCUGUUGCCUUUUAUUUUUUUUAACCUAGUCACUGUUUACAGUUGUAUGCUAAAGCCUGAAAUAUUGUUUAUGCUGUGGUGUAUGAGCAUUGCCAAUUUUAUAUUUAUUUCAGUGAAGAAGAAACUCAAAAUAUAUGAAAAUGAGGAGCCUGUCUAAGCUCCUAAAUCUGUGGAUGCAUGUGGGAGAAGUGAGUUGGGGCCUUUUGAAAGGAGGCCUUUUGGAGAGGGGUCCCCCAGGCUUCUCCCCAGUGUUUCCUGCUUUGGGAUCGCUGCUGCAAGCUGACUGGACCUCCCCAAUGGAAGUUUCUGAUUCUGCUUUGGCAAAGUCUCAUUGACUAGUAGAAUUCAUCCUGUUUUAGUGCGUAAUUCAAUAUAAAUGUAAACAUUUCACUCAGA